AUGGCUGGUUCGCCUGGCAACUUGAUCAACCUCACCAGCGAAUCCCCGCCAACCCAGCCUUCUUCUUAUGAAGAAGCCGCCAGACUGCACAACGGCUGGGCUACCACCCAGCGCCCAUUCAUGAGUCCAUCUCCGGCAUCGCCUUCCCCGCCAAAUCACGGUCGGCGACCUCUUAGCCUUCAGUCAGACACCCAUUAUCACUUCGCCGCCACUCCCCCGCGAUCCAGUGCCGCGUAUCGACGAAGCUCGCUUUACUCGCAGUACAACCCUUCGCAGGCCGCAAGUCCUCACCCACCCCUACCCCAUCAGCCCCAACCACAUUUUUACGGCGCUCAGGACUUGGACCUCACCGUUACGCCUCAAUCCGGCAUGAAAGCUGGUGAUCGUGGACUAUUUUUCGGGUUUGAUAGGCUACCGUCCGAGCCGGGAUUAUCCUCCCAGACGCAAAAGGUGGUCUUGGCGGGCUAUGAAGGUGGACUGCAGGUUUAUGCCGUAAACAAAAGGGGAGUUGAGCUUGUUGCGAGUUUGAAAGGGUUGCGUGGUGGAGUGCAUCAUGCCAAAAUCCUCCCAUGGACCAUCACUGGCCAGAACUCGUCCUUCUUUCCGCUUGUGGCAGUGGUAGUACAUGGACCGGUACUACCUACACGGCCAACGGAUGCGGGUUGUCGACAAGAAACCACAUCGCGUGAAACCUCGGACCGCAGCGCAAGUCCUCGACCAGGUUAUGCCCCGUCGGAGGGUCCAUCGACAAGAGCAGCACCGCCGAUUCAGUUCUACCAAACCGCAGUAGAAGUCUACUCUCUCAAGACAAACAGACUUGUCGAUGUUCUGCUCCAGACGCAGAGAGUACCUAUCAAUAUGGAGGUCUCUCUGUCUAGUCCUCUAUUCCAACCUCCUACUCCUAGCGGGGCGUUCAAUAUCAAAGCUGAUGACGGCACUAUUGCUGUGGGCUCCGGUGUUACAGGCGAAUGUUGGAUAUACAGGCAGUUGCUUGAGCUGCAGAAUGGUCACAUGUUUGCUUGCGCUGGAAAGCUGUGGACUACAAUUCAGCAAGGUCAACGAGCAGAAGCAGCAGCAGACACUGAUAAGAAAGGUUCUUCCUCUUCUCCCCGACGAUCUAGCCCACAAGCACCAAUCUUCGCAAUGAAUGGAAGAUUGAUAGCCUACUGCCCGUCAAAUCCUUCGUCUCAAGCGUCUCUUAGAGCACACUUACCGGUGCCUACGCUGGGCCGUGCUCCUGGAAUUUCGUCCAUGGCACCACCUCACCUCCCUGCAGUCUCUUCAGCUCUUGAUCUGCCCAUUUCAGACAGCAUGAUGAAUAAGUUCAUGCGGGAAACGACCCAGGAGCUGAUAUCAGGGAUGAAAUGGGUAGGGCAGCAAGGCUUGCAGGCUUGGAAUUCGUAUUGGAAUCAGCCACCGACUUCUCAACAACAACAGCCUAGAUCACCUCCUGCGCAAUGGACGGGAUCGCGUGCACAACAAACAGAUCCAUCACAGUUCCCACCUACUCAUGGGACCUCAACCCCAGCAACAGUAAAAGACCCGGGGCUUGUCUCUAUAGUGGAUGUGGAAAAGCUCCCGUUAUCUGCAACAGUUCAUCCUCUUACUACAUUUGCGACUCCGCUCGGGUGCAGCUUUGUUUCCUUCUCACCUUCAUCGUUGGCACUUUUCACUGCUAGCAUCAAGGGCGAUGUUCAGACUGUGUGGGAUCUUUUGCGUAUUCAACAUACAAACUCCUCGCCGCUGCAGACAACCUUGGCCCAGAACGAAACCGUUGGGCCUCAGGUCCGACAAAUUGCGCAGUUCUCACGGAUGACGGUAGCCAGAAUUGUCGAGGUUGCCUGGUCUGAGCCUCACGGCGACCGAUUAGCUAUGGUUACGGAGAGGGGAACAGUCCAUUUGCUGGAUAUGCCAUUCAGUUCUUUCAUGUGGCCACCUCCACGACGCCGUAGGAUACCACAAAAAGGCGGCCCUGAAGCUUCCGAUGGAUCAAGCUCAGCUGUCUCAAUGGCCUCUGGUGCACUCGGAGCAGCGUACCAAGCGGCAAAGCCAUUCGUCUCACGCUCACGUCGUGGAAGCAAUAACACGGUUUCGCCAUCUGCGGGAAAUAUACUUAGGGAUUCUGCAGCUCAGGGUGGGCGGGUGAUUGCGGCCAGCAUUACUCACUCUUUGGGAAAGACCGGAACAGCUAUCAACCAGCUUCGCCAUACUGGAGAGAAUCGUGUUUGUCUGCCACCAAGCGCCAUUCUACCGUCUCCGGCUUGUGUUUCGUGGUUGAGGAAUCGACGAUCUCAAUCAUUAUUCUCCAUUGGAGGUGGCCUGAUACGAGUGUUUCCAUGCAGCACAAGAACAUCUUCAUCGGUUCCGGGAAAGAGAAUAUCUCGGGCAAACAAGUAUAAGGAUAUGAGGGUCCCGCUUCUCCCAGACGACAUUGUCGCACCAAUUGUUCGUCAGAUCAUUGAGCUUGGAGCUGCAGAUGAGUAUCUUGAACUCUCAGAAGCCGAGAUGGAGGCAGGAAACACAAUGACUCUUAAACCGCCCCACGUUGCGACUGCUCCUCGACAUGGCAUGGACUCUACAAUUCCACAGGCGGAGAUAGAAUCAAGCGCACCAUAUCAGCCUUUCCAUACUGAUCGGCGGGUUGCCCUUUGCGAAUAUAGGCGCAUAGAUUCUACCGCUGCUCUUUUGGCAAAUGUGGGUUUGGAUGGCAAGCCCAACAAGAGGAAAAACAAGCAGAAUUUCGAUGCUAUGAAGGGCAAUGCGUCUGCAUGGGCAUUUGGUCAAGACAUUCCUUGUGUGAAGAUAGACUUGGGGCUUGCGACGGCGAAUGAAGAUGAUUACAUUGGACCUGAUGAUCACAUGGCUUUGCCUCAGUCUGCAAUGGAAAGAGUUAUGCAGUAUGAAGGUUCAGAAUCUAUCGUGGUGACGACGAGACGUCGACGCGGCGCUCGCCAAGGUGACGGCGACGAGGAUGGGUUCUUUGAAGACGACUGCGAGGUUCUCGACUUUGCGGAUCAGCGAGUGUAG